UCAUUGUGUUCAGUCGCCGUCGAUCAUUUCUAAAGCGCAAUCUUUUUCCUAGCAGUAUUAUUUGGCUAGGCUAAAAUUGCUUAUAUAAUUUAAAAUAUAAGUUCGGGUUCGAAACAAAAAAUAAAAAUAAUUAGUUGUGUGUGUCGUCAUUUAAGUAACUAUGGAAGACGGUCAUUCUAAAACCGUCGAACAGGCCUUAAAUUUUUUUGGCACUGAUCCAGAACGUGGGCUUAGCGGAGAUCAAGUAAAAAAUAACCAAAAGAAAUACGGACCAAAUGAAUUACCAACGGAAGAAGGUAAAUCAAUAUGGCAGCUCGUAUUAGAACAAUUCGACGAUCUUCUGGUUAAAAUUUUACUUUUAGCAGCUAUUAUAUCCUUUGUUUUGGCGCUUUUUGAAGAACAUGAAGACACAUUCACAGCUUUUGUGGAACCUUUAGUUAUAUUGUUAAUUUUAAUAGCAAACGCAGUUGUCGGUGUUUGGCAAGAAAGAAAUGCAGAGUCAGCUAUCGAAGCUCUUAAAGAAUACGAACCAGAAAUGGGCAAAGUUGUGCGACAAGACAAAUCUGGUAUUCAAAAAAUAAGAGCAAAAGAAAUUGUACCCGGCGAUAUAGUUGAAGUUUCUGUCGGUGAUAAAAUUCCAGCAGAUAUACGUAUCACUCACAUAUACUCAACUACACUCAGGAUAGAUCAGUCUAUCUUAACUGGUGAAUCGGUUUCAGUAAUAAAGCACACUGACGCGAUACCUGACCCUAGGGCGGUUAAUCAAGAUAAGAAAAAUAUACUUUUCUCAGGCACAAAUGUUGCUGCAGGAAAAGCAAAAGGUGUUGUAAUUGGAACUGGACUUAACACAGCUAUAGGUAAAAUUCGCACAGAAAUGUCAGAGACUGAAGAAAUUAAAACUCCAUUGCAACAAAAAUUGGAUGAAUUUGGUGAACAAUUGUCAAAAGUUAUUUCCAUCAUUUGUGUUGCCGUAUGGGCAAUUAACAUUGGUCAUUUUAAUGAUCCCGCCCAUGGAGGAUCUUGGAUUAAAGGCGCUAUUUACUAUUUCAAAAUUGCAGUAGCUUUAGCUGUAGCCGCUAUCCCUGAAGGUUUGCCUGCUGUCAUUACCACUUGUUUGGCUUUAGGUACACGCCGUAUGGCAAAGAAAAAUGCUAUUGUACGCUCACUUCCAUCUGUAGAAACUCUUGGUUGCACUUCUGUAAUUUGCUCAGAUAAAACAGGAACACUUACCACUAAUCAAAUGUCAGUUUCUCGCAUGUUCAUUUUUGAUAAAGUUGAGGGCAACGAUAGUAGUUUCCUUGAGUUCGAGUUAACCGGUUCCACAUAUGAACCAAUUGGUGAGCUGUUCUUAGGUGGCCAAAAAGCUAAAGCAAGUGAAUAUGAUGCAUUACAGGAAUUGGCUACCAUUUGUAUUAUGUGCAAUGAUUCUGCUAUUGAUUACAAUGAAUUCAAACAAUGUUUCGAAAAAGUUGGUGAAGCAACUGAAACUGCUUUAAUCGUACUUGCAGAAAAAUUGAAUCCAUUCUCAGUCAACAAAUCUGGAUUAGAUCGUCGUUCUGCCGCUAUUGCUGUACGUCAAGAAAUUGAAACGAAAUGGAAGAAGGAAUUUACUCUUGAAUUCUCUCGCGAUCGUAAAUCAAUGUCUUCCUAUUGCACACCAUUGAAAUCAUCUCGCUUAGGUACUGGUCCAAAACUUUUCGUUAAGGGUGCACCAGAAGGUGUUUUAGAACGUUGCACACAUGCCAGAGUUGGUACAAGUAAAGUCCCAUUAACAUCUGCUCUUAAAAACAAAAUCCUAUCACUUACUGGUCAAUAUGGUACUGGCAGAGAUACUUUACGUUGUUUGGGUCUUGCUGUUGCUGACAGCCCUAUGCGCCCAGAAGAAAUGGACUUGGGUGAUUCAACGAAAUUCUUCCAAUACGAAAUCAAUUUGACUUUCGUUGGUGUUGUUGGUAUGCUUGAUCCACCAAGAAAGGAAGUAUUUGAUUCAAUCGUACGUUGUCGUGCUGCUGGUAUUCGUGUAAUUGUUAUUACUGGUGAUAACAAAGCCACUGCUGAGGCUAUUUGCCGUCGUAUUGGAGUAUUUGGUGAAGAUGAAGAUACUACUGGAAAAUCAUAUUCUGGUCGCGAAUUUGAUGAUCUAUCACCUGCUGAUCAAAAGGCUGCAUGUGCACGAUCUCGCCUAUUCUCACGUGUAGAACCACAGCACAAAUCAAAGAUUGUAGAAUACUUACAAGGUAUGAAUGAAAUUUCAGCUAUGACAGGUGAUGGUGUAAACGAUGCUCCUGCUUUGAAGAAAGCAGAAAUUGGUAUUGCAAUGGGUUCUGGUACUGCUGUUGCAAAAUCGGCGGCUGAAAUGGUACUUGCUGAUGAUAACUUCUCAUCAAUUGUGUCUGCAGUAGAAGAGGGUCGUGCAAUUUACAAUAAUAUGAAACAAUUUAUUCGUUAUCUUAUUUCAUCCAACAUUGGUGAAGUAGUCUCUAUAUUUUUGACCGCAGCUCUUGGUCUUCCAGAAGCUUUGAUUCCUGUACAACUUUUGUGGGUCAAUUUGGUAACUGAUGGUCUCCCAGCUACAGCACUUGGCUUCAAUCCUCCAGAUUUAGAUAUUAUGGAAAAACCACCACGUAAAGCUGAUGAAGGUCUAAUUUCUGGCUGGUUGUUCUUCCGUUAUAUGGCUAUUGGUGGUUAUGUUGGUGCCGCUACUGUUGGUGCGGCGGCAUGGUGGUUCAUUUUUGCUGAGAAUGGUCCACAUCUAACUUACUGGCAGUUGACACAUCACUUGGCAUGUUUGGGUAACGGAGACGACUUCAAGGGAGUUGACUGUAAAAUCUUUGCUGAUCCUCAUGCAAUGACAAUGGCACUUUCAGUACUUGUAACAAUAGAAAUGUUAAACGCCAUGAACAGUUUAUCUGAAAAUCAAUCUUUAAUAACAAUGCCCCCAUGGUGCAAUAUGUGGUUGAUUGGUUCAAUGGCUCUCUCCUUUACAUUGCACUUUGUUAUUUUAUACGUGGAUGUACUUUCCACUGUUUUCCAAGUUACACCGUUGUCUGGCGAAGAAUGGAUGACUGUGAUGAAAUUCUCAAUUCCUGUAGUUUUAUUAGACGAAACACUUAAGUUUGUUGCACGUAAAAUAGCUGAUGGUGAGAGCCCCUUUCUGAAAAUGCAUGGAAUAGUGUUAAUGUGGGCUGUAUUUUUUGGCCUCUUAUAUGUUAUAACGCUUUAA